GGCAUGCUAUACCUGAAGGAAGGUAGCUACCGCCUCGCCGAGAAGACGCUAUUGGACGCCGUCAAGACAGACCCGCUAGACCAUCAGUCAUGGAGCGCCCUGGGUGAGGUGUGCAGCGGCCUGGGGGAGCUGGAGCGCUCGAGCGAGUGUCUCAUCACCGCCCUGGACCUACAGAGCACCGCCCCCGCCCUGCCCUUCUCCACGCUCCUCCCCUGCUUCUCUUAGCUCUCCACGCUCCUCCCCUGCUUCUCUUAGCUCUUCUCCACGCUCCUCCCCUGCUUCUCUUAGCUCUCCACGCUCCUCCCCUGCUACUCUUAGCUCUCCACGCUCCUCCCCUGCUUCUCUUAGCUCUUCUCCACGCUCCUCCCCUGCUUCUCUUAGCUCUCCACGCUCCUCCCCUGCUACUCUUAGCUCUCCACGCUCCUCCCCUGCUUCUCUUAGGUCUUCUUCCCCCGUACGUUCUCACACAGGCUGGAUUCUUCCUUAUGGCCUUCCUCCACCAGCUUCCUCCACCAGCUUGCCCGCCACUCCAUCUGGAGAUCCUGGAAACUGCUGAAAAUGCUGCUCCAGGAUCCCGCCUUGUUUAUCUUUAUCUUUAUUGUCCAUAUCGCAUAUUCUUCGUCUUUCCAAGAUAUCCUACUAAGAAGUAAUGUUGUGUGCAAAUGUUCCUCCGUAAUCAGGUUUUAGUUACGGGUUAUCAGGAAUCAUUACGUGAAUUACAGUGUUAGUGAGUGUUAUCUGAGCAUCCACGGGAGCAGGU